GCCCAGCCUCGCGCAGGCGCUUGACGCCGGCGGCUCGCGUGAUCGCGGGAGCUGUGCCGUCAGGAGGGCAGCCUCUGGCCGCGGCGUUUCCCGGCUGGGCUGGGCAGGGGGCCGGCACGAUGCGGCGGGCGCUGGCCUGGCUGUGGCUGCUCUCGGUGGGGCUGAGCUGGGCCUGGGCGCAGCCGGGGGGGCUGCCGCCCGGCAAGAAGCUGCGCAUGGCCUACGCCACGGGGCCGCUGCUCAAGUUCCAGAUCUGUGUUUCCUGAGGAUACAGGCGGGUGUUUGAGGAGUACAUGCGGGUUAUUAGCCAGCGGUACCCAGACAUCCGCAUUGAAGGGGAGAACUACCUUCCCCAACCUAUUUAUAGACAUAUAGCGUCUUUCCUGUCAGUCUUCAAACUAGUGUUAAUAGGCUUCAUUAUUGUUGGCAAGGAUCCUUUUGCUUUCUUUGGCAUGCAAGCUCCAAGUAUCUGGCAGUGGGGCCAAGAAAAUAAGGUCUAUGCUUGUAUGAUGGUUUUCUUCCUGAGCAACAUGAUCGAGAACCAGUGUAUGUCAACAGGUGCAUUUGAAAUAACUUUAAAUGAUGUUCCAGUGUGGUCUAAGCUGGAGUCUGGGCACCUUCCUUCCAUGCAGCAGCUUGUUCAGAUCCUUGAUAAUGAAAUGAAACUCAAUGUGCACAUGGAGCAAAUGCCACAUCAUAGAUCAUAGCCCCAUCCAUCAGUACUGAAAACUUCUUACAUUAAGAGACACUUUCCAAAGGCAGCAUGAACGAAAUGAAUGAUGGCCUGUACUGAAGACAGCAAGCUGUUGGUACAGACUGGAUGCUCUCCUCGCCUUCAUGUUGUUCCUCAAGAAAAUCUUAAUGCAAGAUCACUUUCAGUGCUGGCAUGUUUCCAAUUACUGCACAUCCACGGAGUGCAAUAAUACUGUAUAGAUUUUUUUUAAAGUUAAUUCAACCAGUUUGGCACUAGACAAUGCAGGCAUUAACAACUUUUGUUUUAUAUUUAUGUCUAGGAAGAUGGCAGAAUGAGUUAGUAUCCUGAGUUUUUCCUUGGCAAGGAAAAAUGUCUGAUAGCUUUAUAUGCAAUUUAUGUUCUAUUUGUAGUUUAAAAUGGAUCUGUUGGUUGUCUCAAACUGGUUUGGAUAAUAAUUGAUGGCUGUCAAACAUUGCUGAUUUGGCUAUGUAAGUUUUGUAUAUUUUCAGAGUAUAUUGCUGAGUGAAUGGUGCAAUGUAUACUAAAUUAUAUAAACAAAAUUAUAUACAGAGUAACUGCCCCUAACUUUGUGGCUUCAGAGAAGACCAACUGCUCUUCAAAUUCCCUUGACAUUUUGAAGUCUGCUUUGUGGACCAGUCUAAGUGGUCAGAUACCUGGACCUUUAUACUGUCCUAAAUAUAAACUAAGCAAAGUGAUUUAAAUAAAGAGAUUUCAUUUACUGUGUGAA